AUGCAGUCACUAGGUGCCCAAUUUGAGUCGAGCAACGAGGUCGGCGUCUUCGCGAAGCUGACUAACUCGUACUGCCUGGUCGCUCUCGGCGGCUCGGAGCACUUCUACAGCACCCUUGAGGCGGAGCUCGCCCCUCACAUUCCCGUCGUGCAUGCAACUGUCGGCGGCACCAGAGUCAUUGGACGCGUGUGCGUGGGCAACCGGAGGGGCCUGAUUGUGCCGUCCAUCACGACAGACCAGGAGCUGCAGCACCUGCGGAACUCGCUGCCGGAUUCGGUGGAAAUUCGCCGCGUCGAAGAGCGCCUGUCGGCCCUGGGCAACAACGUCGCCUGCAACGACUACGUGGCUCUGCUGCACACCGACAUGGAUAAGGAAACCGAAGAAAUCAUCCAGGACGUGCUCGGCGUCGAGGCCUUCCGCGCCACCAUCGGCAAGCAAACCCUCGUGGGCAGCUACUGCCAGUUCACCAACCAAGGCGGCCUCGUACACGUCAUGACGCCGGUGGAAGACAUGGAGGAGCUUUCGCAGCUGAUUCAGGUGCCUCUCACGGCUGGAACGAUCAACCGUGGCUCAGAUCUCGUCGGCGCGGGGCUCAUUGCGAACGAUUGGGCGGCGUUCUGCGGCAUGGACACGACUGCGACUGAGCUGGCCGUGGUAGAGCGCAUUUUCAAGAUUGCGACGCGAAAUCAACAGAAACUGAACCUCGUGGACGAUCUGACGGUGCAGUCUUCUUUGAUCGAUACCCUGUCCUAA